UAAAGUCUAAAAACGCAAAGCUUUGGCCGUACGUAAACUACGCCGUAUUCUAGAGUCUAAUUGGGUCUUCGUAGCGAAAAGGCAGCGUGCGAAAUCCGUCGCUUGGCACCGUUAAAGAGGCAGCAACGUGAAACCUCGUCACCGUUUAGAUGACGGCGCCGAGAAAUUCCUCCAGGCGAUUACGAUCGCUGCGAUAUUCUUCGGAGAAGAUGGAAGGUACCGGAAGCUGGGACGUGCUUGAAUGGACUAAACUCGAUCCAGCUUCUUGGUCAAGCUCUUUCUCAAAUUUGGAUUGCUUGCUGGACUCUGAGAGGAUCACCUUCGAGUGUUGUGGAGUUAUACUAAUUAACACCGGUGAAGUGGGGACCCUCUUACUCACAAAUUUCCGUAUUCUGUUUUUGAGUGAAGGAACUAGAGAUCCUCUUCCACUUGGUACAAUUCCGCUCGUGGCUAUCGAGAAGUUUAACAAAAUGGUGCUGAAAGCUCAAUCAAGCAGACAUCACUCCGCCAAGAAUCCACCAAAGCGUCUUUUACAGGUCACUGGCAAAGAUAUGAGGAUAAUUGUCUAUGGUUUUCGCCCUGGAACCAAGCAGGUGAAACUUUUGACUCUCCUUUUCCUGUAUAUUUCUGCAUUUCUUUUUGAAGCCUAUAUGGUCUUACUUGAUUCUAUUGGUGUAAUUUUGCAGAGACGUUCUCUAGUUGAUGCACUAUUGAGAUGUAGCAAUCCAGAGAGAGUAUGGGAUCUUUAUGCUUUUACAUGUGGGCCUUCCAAAUUCGGUAACACAAACCCAAAGGAAAGAUUGCUUGAUGAAUAUUUUCGACUUCUCGGAAAAAGUUCGUCGCGAGCGUCAAUGAAUAUGAUUGAAGAUGGUUCAUUCGCAGUUUCCAAUGACUUUUGGCGGAUAACUGACUUGAACUCGAAUUAUAACUUGUGUCAGACUUAUCCGUUUGCUUUGAUGGUUCCAAAAUCCAUUAGUGAUGAAGAGCUGACCCAAGCGUCUACAUUCCGAGCAAAAUGUCGCUUGCCCGUGAUCUCGUGGUGCCAUCCUGGAAGUGGAGCUGUGAUUGCUCGCUCUUCACAACCUUUAGUUGGUCUGAUGAUGAACAUGAGGAGUAACUUUGAUGAGAAACUUGUUGCUUCAUUCUGCACUCAGUUAUCUGGUAACAAGGGAGCACCACGGAAGCUUUACAUCGCAGAUGCAAGACCUAGGAAAAAUGCAUUAGCAAAUGGAGCAAUGGGAGGAGGCUCAGAAUCAUCUUCAAAUUAUUUGCAAUCUGAAAUUGUAUUCUUUGGGAUAGACAACAUACAUGCAAUGCGAGAGAGCUUUUCCCGCCUUAGGGAUUAUUUAGAUAUGCACGGUACAACAUCAUCCGAUGGGACGUCAUCAUUCUUGAGACAUGGUGGCUGGACUUGGGGUGGAGGUAAUCUUAGUAGUAUGUCUGCUUCAGUAUCCUUACUUGGAGAAAGUGGUUGGUUGAGCCACAUUCAGAGCAUCUUAGCUGGUGUGGCUUGGAUUGCUGCACGUGUUGCUAUGGAGUCAGCAUCAGUUCUUGUGCACUGCAGUGAUGGAUGGGACAGAACAACUCAGCUGGUUUCUCUUGCAUGCUUAUUGCUUGAUCCAUACUAUAGAACAUUUGCUGGGUUUCAGGCUCUCAUCGAAAAGGAUUGGUUAGCAUUCGGUCACCCAUUUUCAGAUCGUAUAGGAAUGCCAAACGUUGCCGGAUCUGGUAGUUUUGAAUUACCAAUUCAAUCUUCUUCUGCUAGUAGUUUCCCUUCAUCUCCAGUGCGGCAAACUUCAGGAUCAGCAGCUUCUCAAUCGCCUGGCUCUUCACAUGGUCUGAACAACUAUGCUCCUAUAUUUUUGCAGUGGGUUGAUUGCGUUUCACAGCUAAUGCGGAUGUAUCCUUGUGCUUUCGAGUUUUCUCCGACUUUCCUGGUAGAUUUCACGGACUGCUUGCUUUCAUGUCGUUUUGGGAACUUUUUGUGCAACAGUGAAAAGGAGAGGGAAGAAUGUGGGAUUUCUGAAGCUAGUGGAUGCCUAUGGGCUUACUUAACUGAUUUGCGUUCAUUUGGUGGAGCUUCUCAUGCGCAUUGCAAUCCACUUUAUGAUCCUUCAAAAUAUAACGGCCCAUUGUUACCUCCUGCUGCAGCUCUAGCCCCGACUCUCUGGCCCCAGUUCCAUCUUCGCUGGGCCUGCCCUGUGGAACCGGAUGCUGCAGAAACCGAGGUCCAAUGUAGAGCCAUGUCUAUUAAGCAUUUAGAGAUGAAAAAGGGGAAAGAAGAAGCAGAGAGGAAGAUAGAUGCUUUAUCCUCUACCGUGGAGUCGCUGAGCGAAGAGUUGCGCAAAGAAAGAAAUAUAAGCCGUGCAGCUAGAGAAUCAGCAAAGAGAGCUAUCAAAGAGCGAGGGGUCAUAUCGAGAGCCCUGCAAUCACUAGGCUGCAAGGUGAACUUCACAAAGAACGGAGAAUGUACACUUGAAGUAGAAGAGGGGCCACAGAAAUGUUCUCACUCGAUUCCCCAAAAACAAAAAGAUGUCGCAGAAUCUUUCUCAUCAGUGAGUGAAGAAAAAGUUUGUGAAGCAUUGUUGUGUCCACUGCGUGCAAGAGAAGGAACUUGUCGAUGGCCUGAUGCGGGUUGUUGUGCUCAGACCGGGAGCCAGUUUGUUGGGUUGAAAGCAAACUUCGAGGCGUUUGAUAAACUCUCCAUUUACGACAGCUACUUCACAGCUGAAUGAGAGUGUCUACACGUCUCACCAGAUUGGCCCUAAAUCAAAGGACUUGUGUGUAGUUUUUUUGACCGAGUAAAGCAUAGCAACAGCAAAGAGGAGCAUAAUCAUCAAUAAGUACCCCAUCACCAACCCAAGAACGUUUUGGAAUGUAGGGGCAUAUCGGGAACUAACUUCUUGUAUAGCAAUGCGAUCACAAUUGAGAAAGUUAGAUUAUCUGAUUCUUGUUUCGGUUUGUUGGUAUUGACCCAAGGAUUGAAAGCAUAAGUAUAUGGUUUGAUUAGUGACCUUUUUAUUUUAUUUCGUGGAUGUUUCAAUUUUGUAUGUUUUCUAGUGAUAAACAAAUUAAUUA